UUAAAAUCUAAAAAGUAAAUGUUGAUUUUUACCCAUUUUAUAUAAGGACCACCAUUUUGCUAUGCCUUUGUAUAUAAUGGGACGAGCAUGCAUGGAUUUUAGUAUCCACAGAGUUUCUUGGAAACAAAACUUGGUGGAUAACAAGAGUCAGCUGUAUAGGUUUUUAGUGAUAUAUUAGUAAGAAACAUUAGAGAAUACAAUUCGGGGAUCACCCUACCCAGAGGAAUAGUAAAUAUAUUAUCAGUUGGCCAGAAUCAAUGAAGAACUAUCCAGCAUCUAGCAAAUUAGAAUCAUAGAAGCAUAGAAUAGUAGAGUUGGAAGAGACCUCAUGGGCCAUCUAGUCCAACCCCCCGCUAAGAAGCAGGAAAUCACAUUCAAAGCACCCCCGACAGAUGGCCAUCCAGCCUCUGCUUAAAAGCUUCCAAAGAAGGAGCCUCCACCACAGUCCGGGGGAGAGAGUUCCACGGCCGAACAGCCCUCACAGUGAGGAAGUUCUUCCUGAUGUUCAGGUGGAAUCUCCUUUCCUGUAGUUUGAAGCCAUUGUUCCGUGUCCUAGUCUGCAGGCCAGCAGAAAAUAAGCUUGCUCCCUCCUCCCUAUGACUUCCCCAAAUUAACAAAAUAACAAUGAGGCAUUCCAGUUCCAUUACCAUAGGCCCACCCACAUCACAUAUUUAUAGCACUGGUAUUACAUUUAACUCCCAUGGUUCUAUCCUAUAGCAUCCUAGAACUGGUAGUUUGGGAAGAGACAUUCAGGCUACUCAGCCAGAGUACAUUGGGGCCUCAUCAAACUAUGGUUCCCAUAGGGUGGAACCAUGUCCAUAAAAUGGAAUAAUAGUGCUAUAGUGUGAUGUGAAUGUACCCCUAGAGGAGUGUGAACUUCUGACUUAUGGGCAAGACCUUCCCUGCCCUAUAAAGCUUCCUGUCUUCCAGGCUUUCUAAAGUCCCAUGCUGAAUGAGAGAAGUCUCCAUCACCCAGCAUAUAGAGGGAUGCAAGGAAAGACUGGCCUCCCAUCCCAAAAUGCUUUUUUUACAAUAGAAAAAGACUGGUGAGACCAACUCACUAUUCAUUUAUUGUCAGCUGAUCCCAAUAAAAAUCAAUAUUAUGUUAUGAACUGCUGUUUUUCAGUAUAUGUGGGAGAAGUACUACUCAACAUUUUUCACAUUAUGAUAGAUGUUUUUAAAGGACAAAACUAUGAUCUUUAAACCAGACAGUUCCCUCAUUGCAAAGUCUAAUCUAUGCCUUUCUCCCCUAUUUGACAUUAGCCCAAUCAUUGAUGGACAAAAAGUUACUAACUCACAAAGCCCCUUUAUCCAUGAGCUUUGCAUGAGAGUUUCAGAUCAAAAUAGACAGCCAAUGAUUUUCCUCUCUCACUACCAAUGUGCGUAAAGCUGUUUCCUCCUCUGAGUUUUUUUUCCUUUUAGCAGUGAAAUUUUGCAGCAAUUUCCUGUUCCCAGAAAUGGUUUUAAUCAACUCACAUUGUCCUCUCAAACCAAAGUGUCUAAGGCAGAAAGAGCAGUUCAGGAUUACAAGGUGUAUAAGGAAAAUAGAAAGAAAUGAAUGAAUGAAGUCUGUGCUUUUUAAUGGAGCAUAGUCAUUAUUUGCAUAAGAGCUAAUAGUUCACCAUUUUGGAGGAGGAGCAAUAAGAAGAAACCAUACACAUCUCCCCAUCUGGCACCAGGUAUUCCUAACGGAAGCAUGAACUGUACUGGUGAAUAUAAUAAUACGUGUGAAAUAGAUCACAGACUUGAUAAAUAUUUGUUUCCUGUUCUCUACAGUCUUUUGAUGAUCAUCAGCAUCCCCACCAACCUUGUGUCUCUUUUCAUUUCCUGCUGCCAAGUGAAGAAAAAAAAUGAGCUAGGUAUAUAUCUCCUAUGUCUAUCUUUAGCUGAUCUACUUUACACUCUAACUCUGCCUCUAUGGAUUAAUUAUGCACAGAAUGGAGAUGACUGGAGAUUUUCUUUUCAACUUUGCAAGUUGUCUGUUUUCCUUAAAUACCUAAAUUACUACACAAGUUCAGGAUUUCUCACCUGCAUUUCCCUUGAUAGAUACUUAGCUGUGGUUCAUCCACUAAGGUUCCAUUAUUUACGGACAAGAAGAGCCGCCUUACUGAUCUCUGCCUUAGUUUGGGCCUUUGAAAUCAUGUCAAACUAUCAGUUUCUAAAUGAGGAGGAGAUAUUUGAAGAACAAAACCUCUCACAACAUAUCAAACACAUUUUGUGCUAUGAUACAUACCCUCUUCAAAAAUGGCAAGCUUGGAUGAACUUUUAUCGAGUCGGAGUGGGAUAUGCGAUCCCUUUGAUUAUCAUGGUGUUCUGCUACCAGAAAAUAUACCGAGCUGUGGAAAAUAAUCAAGCAACACAUGAGCGUGACAAGAGGAAAAUCAAAAACUUAUUGUUGAGCAUCAUUGUCACUUUCUUUCUAUGUUUCACUCCUUACCAUGUUGUUCUGUUUUUGCGAAGCAUCUUGGAGCCAUGUAACUGCUUUGUUGCCAAACAGAUGUUCCUACCCUACAGAAUCACAACUGCACUUACAAGCAUAAAUUGUAUAGCUGACCCAAUUCUCUAUUGUUUUGUGAGUGAAACUGGAAGAACAGGGAUCUGGAACAUGUUCAAGUGUGACUUUCCUGCCAGCCGACCUGAGGAGGUACAACAGACACAAAACUUUGCUGUGUCCAACAGUUCACAGGAUAAAACUAACAAGAUCCCAGAAUCAACAACUGUCUUAUAAAUAUAACAUUAAUAUAUAAAUAUAUAACAUUAAUAUAAGGCUGUUCUGACAAUACAAUCUGCCCUCCACAUUUACAGGUUUCACUUUGUGGAUACAACCAUUUGUGGUUAAUUCGUAUUUUCACGCUGUUGCCCGUUUUUGGUCAAAAGAUAUUUAGCCGCUUGUGCUCCCUCUAUUUUUAUUGGUUUUAUACUAAUUUAUGCAAUGCUUUUAAUAUGAAAUAAAUAAAUAUGUUCCUUGUAUUUUUUGGACCAGAGGUUGACCACAGAGUUGCCCAGAAAGAACUAGAUAUGUAUUGUCAAAGGCUUUCAUGGCCUGAAUCACUGGGUUGCUGUGAGUCUUUCGGGCUGUAUGGCCAUGUUCCAUAAGCUUUCUCUCCUGAUGUUUCACCCACAUUUGUGGCAAGCAUUCUCAGAGGUUGUGAGGAUGCCUGCCACAGAUGUGAGUGAAACGUCAGGAGAGAAAGCUUCUGAAACAUGGCCAUACAGCCUGAAAGACUCACAGCAACCCAGAACUAGGUAUUUCUGGAAUAGUGUACCCUCCGGUUAAAAAAAUAGUGGUUUCCCCACUUUUGUGAAGGUCUUGUUGCCCUAACCCCUAUAAAAGUGGAAGACCUACUGUCCAUAUUACAGGAAAUGACAAUAUGGUUACUUGAAAGACAGCCUCUCUCCUUUAUGCUACCAAAUAAGAUUUCACAUUGCUGCCAUUCUAUCUUUUUGUAUGGAAGAUGUUAUCAUUAAACCUGAAGCAGAAUCCUAGUCCAAUAACAGAAAUACCCUUAGUAAAUUCGGGUUGGCCUUACCAAGCUGCUUGCUUGCAAACUAUUAGGGAAAAUUGCUUAAAAUAAGAUGCCCUGGGUCAAUGCUUACCAUAGCAUUAUAAGGUUAAUGCUAAUACCUAUGGCAGUAGAGGCUUUUGCAUGGGUUACUGGGACAGUAUGCAAUAAUAUGCUAAAAUGUGGGUGCCAAUCUUUUCUUAUUUCAUUCUUUUAUAUGGGAAUAAACAUUUCCAAAAACUUC